AUGAGCAUGAACUACCCAACAGCGGGUGCCACGCAGAGGUCGACGUCGUUUUUUAUAGAAGACAUCUUAUUGCACAAACCUAAGCCGCUGAGAGAAGUUAUUCAAUCGCCUUUCUGUAGCUCCGUGGCCUCACGGAUGCCGAUCCUGGAGUAUGGAUACCCACUGAUGCCAACGCCAGUAUUGGCCCCGCAUCCACACCAUCCGCUCCACAAACCAGAACAUCACCAGUACUUCUUUACAUCUGGCAUGCAGAUGCCGGCCUUGUUCCAGCACCACGCAGACUUACCCGGGAAGCACUGCAGACGCAGGAAGGCCCGGACGGUUUUCUCCGACUCGCAACUCUCCGGUCUGGAGAAGAGGUUUGAAAUCCAGCGGUACUUGUCCACACCGGAGAGAGUGGAGCUUGCCACUGCGCUCAGCCUUUCCGAAACGCAGGUGAAAACGUGGUUUCAGAACCGCCGGAUGAAGCACAAAAAGCAGCUGAGGAAAGCCCAGGAUGAGCACAAGACAGCCGGGCACUUGGAGAGAUCCGCGGAGAACACGAGCGACAACCAACUGACCGAGAAGAGCGGCGAGGAACUGAAACGUCCACUGGAGCGGGACACAUAUUUGCUGGAGGAAAACGACGACGAUGUGGAUAUCGAGGAUGAUAUUUGCUCUCCGGAUCAUCUCCUAUAG